AAUUGGUCGACGAGAACAAGCUAUUUCCUCACAGUUUGAAGAAGCAUACUUUAAAAUCGUCAUCAUCAUUAAUUGUUGUACAUUGUAUUAUUAUUUAUUUGUUAUAUUACUUUGAAGAUGUCCUAUAUUCUCUCACCAAUUUCACCAUCACCUGUCGAAUUUCCUGAUGAAUCAAAGUGGAAGGAAAGACAAGAUCGUCAAUUGCGUUUGUGGGGAGUUCACGGUCAAGCUAGAAUUGAUUCUGCUCAAGUUUGUCUUUUGAAUGCCACUGCUGUUGGUUGCGAAGUUUUGAAGAAUAUUGUUCUUCCAGGUUUUGGAAGCUUUUCUGUUGUUGAUGCUCAAAAGGUCACUCCAAGAGAUUUGGGAAGAAACUUUUACUUGAGAAAAUCGGAUUUGGAAAGAAAUAGAGCUGAAGCUGUCUCUGAAAUUAUUGCAGAAUUGAAUCCAGAAGUUAAAGGUCAAUUCCUUGCUGAAGAUCCACUUGUUGUCAUUGAAAAAUCACCAGAAUUCUUUGAUCAAUUCAAUUAUAUCAUUGCUUCACAAAUGCCUAUGCAUCACGUUGAAAAAUUGGCCAAAUAUUGUCAUGAAAAGAACAAGAUCCUUGUUGCUGUUCGUUCAUAUGGUAUGAUCGGCUAUUUACGUAUCUUUACAAAGAGCCACACUAUUGUUGAAGCUAAAUUAGAUACUCAAAUUGAUGAUUUACGUAUCACAAAACCAUGGUUGGACUUUUUAAAGUUCUGUGAUCUCCAAGAAUUGGAUGCUAUGGAUAAUAAUGCCCUCGCUCACACUGCCUACCCAAUCUUGUUGGUCAAGGCUUUACAACAAUGGAAAUCAUCUCACAAUAACCAAUUACCACAAUCAAGAGCUGACAAGGAAGAAUUCCAAAAUACUAUCAAGGGUCUUUCCAAGUCAUGGACCAUGUUGACAAACUUUGAAGAAGCUUUAGAUAAGGCUCACUUUUGUUAUUCUGAACCACAAAUUCCAGACUCUGUUAGUGCUGUUUUCAAUGAUGAACUUUGCACAAAUUUGACAAAGGAAUCUGAUGAUUUCUGGGUUAUGGCUGCCUCUGUUAAAAAGUUUGUUGAAAAUGAAGGACAAGGUUUAUUACCACUUCAAGGACGUGUUCCAGAUAUGCAAUCUGAUACUGAACGUUAUGUUAAAAUGCAAUCACUUUUCAGAAAGAAGGCUCGUGCUGAUAUGGAAAUUGUUAAAAAGUACAUGAAGGAAUUUUUGACACAAGUUGGUAGACCAGAAGAUUCCAUUCCAGAAAUGGAUCUUAAGGAAUUCUGUAAAAAUGCUUACUACUUGCGUGCAAUUCAUUUCAGAUCUUUGGAACAAGAACUAAAGUCACCAAACAAGGAAGAAAUUCAAUCACACAUGCAAUGGAAUGAAGAUUCAACCAUGCCAUUCUAUGUCUGUUUCCGUGCCAUUGAUAGAUUCUUGGAAAAGAAGGGAUACUACCCAGGUCAAGAAGAUGAAAAUGUUGAAGCUGACACUGUUGAAUUGAGAAAGAUUGUUGAUGAAUUGCUUGUUGAAUUUGGUGUUUCCGAAUCUUGUCAUGAUAUGGAUAAGUAUGUUGGUGAAAUGGUCAGAUAUGGUGGUUGUGAACUCCAUAAUAUUUCAUCAUUGAUGGGAGGUGUUGCUGGUCAAGAAUUGAUCAAGUUGUGUACCAGACAACGUAUUCCUGUUAAUAAUACUUGGGUCUUCUCUGGUAUCAAGUCAAUUUCGAUUGCUUUUGAAGCAUAAAUGUAGUAUUAAAAAACCAUGUAAUAAAAACUAGAUUAUUUAUUUAAA